AUGUGGAUUGCAGUUUCAGCCACAGUGGUGGCCUUAGUCGCCAUAGCUUCAUUUUCUCCACUUGACAAAUUCUUUCCCAACUUCGCACUUCCUCAUUUUUUUUCGCAUGGUGUAGUGGCAGAUUUGUUGGUGACAAACGGGACUAUAUAUACCGGUAACGACACUCUUCCCUUUGCUGACUCCAUGGCAAUUCGCAAUGGUCGGAUUCUCAGAAUUGGCAACUAUUCCUCAAUGCAGGACUUGGCAGGAUUUGCUAUUAAAACAUUGAAUCUAGAGGGGAAGGUCGUGGUUCCUGGAUUUAUUGACUCACAUGUUCACUUAAUUUUUGGAGGAUUGCAGAUGGCACAAGUGCAACUCCGUGGUGUAGAUAGAAGAGAACACUUUGUGAACAAGGUCAAAGAGGCAUUAUCAAAUAUGAGACACGGCUCUUGGUUGCUGGGGGGUGGUUGGAACAAUGAUCUAUGGGGAGGAGAGAUGCCAAUGGCCUCUUGGAUUGAUGAUAUCUCUCCUUACAAUCCUAUUUGGCUGACAAGGAUGGAUGGCCACAUGGGCUUGGCAAACUCCAUGGCUCUAACAAUUGCUGGAAUUUCUAAUAGCACAGAGGAUCCAGGUGGUGGAGCUGUAAUGAGAAAUGGCAAUGGAGAACCUACUGGUUUGUUGAUUGACUCUGCAAUGAAGCUUGUCCUCUCCUGCAUUCCAGAGGUCUCAAUAGAGGAAAGGAGGGAAGCUCUAUUGAGAGCCAGCAAUCAUGCCUUAAUGAGAGGUGUGACAACAGUGGUUGAUUUUGGGAGAUAUUUUCCUGGUGCAUCAACAGAGCUCUCAUGGGAAGAUUUGUCAGAUGUCUACAGAUGGGCUGAUUCAUCCGGGAACAUGAAGAUCAGAGUUUGCUUAUUUUUUCCUAUGGAGACAUGGGCACGCCUAUAUGAACUUAUAAAUGAAGCAGGUCGUAAGCUGAGUCAAUGGAUUUACUUAGGUGGCAUGAAAUCUUUUGCUGAUGGAUCCUUGGGAUCUAGCAGUGCAUUGUUAUAUGAGCCAUAUGUUGAUGAAGUGCAGAAUUAUGGUCUGCAAGUGGCAGAUAUGGAUGGUUUGUACAACAUGACAGUCUCUUCGGAUAAAUCUGGCCUUCAGAUUGCGGUUCAUGCCAUAGGUGACAGGGCCAAUGACUUAAUCUUGGACAUGUUCAAAUUAGUGGCAUCUAAGAAUGGAAUUAGGGACCGAAGAUUUAGGAUUGAACAUGCUCAGCAUUUGGCUCCUGGGACAGUGGCCCGAUUUGGUGAACAAGAAGUUAUUGCUUCAGUUCAGCCUGAUCAUUUAUUGUAUGAUGCUGAUUCUGCCAUAAAAAAACUCGGGAUGGAGAGGGCACAGAGAGGAUCGUAUUUAUUAAAGUCACUGCUUUCUGGCAAUGUGCAGUUGGCUUUUGGUUCUGAUUGGCCAGUAGUAGAUAUUAAUCCCUUGGGUAGCAUAAGAACGGCAAUGAAAAGAGUACCUACUGGUUGGGAGAAGGCUUGGAUUUCAUCAGAAUGCAUUAGUCUGAACGAUGCACUAAAUGCGUAUACCAUCUCCGCUGCACGUGCAUGCUUCCUCGAUGAGGAUGUUGGAUCUCUAUCUGUUGGCAUACUCCAGCAAGCUUAA